AACAUGGAAAUAUUAGUUUGUAAUACUUUUAAUCUUUCAACUAUAUAGUCAUUAUAAAACGAUAUCAUAUAGUAAUUUGAAAAAGUUAAACUGGAGAAACUUUAUCGUAACUGAUAUUGGUUUCUAUGAGAAUAGUGUUGAAUAAUACAUAAUACUAAAUUAUAUUAUCAUUCAAUCUGGAAAGAAAAAUAUUAUAUAUUCUUCAAUGUUCCCUUACGAUAUCAUUACAUCGACGUAUAUGUAUAUUAAUAAUUGAAAAUUGUAUUAGAAAUUAACCAAAAAGACAUUCAAUCAAUUCAUAACCAACUAUUGACUUAUUUAGGCCAUUCUAUUUGAAUGGCACUAACAAGUGUUGUAACUUCUUAUAAAGUCGGAAUGUCAGGUGAUAUCAUACCAAAUAAUUUCGAUAUGAUACCCUAUUCCACUUUUCAUACAGCUUUAUUACCACAUCCAAAUCCAUUAGGACCUGGAAAUCCAUCAAAUAUUUCAACAGGUUUAAUGCUUACAGCACAACAACCAAAUGGACAAAAUCCUUAUUGUCCACCAAUAACUCUUACUAAUGGAUAUUAUACAAAUGUUAAUUAUCCACAUAAUCCAGAAUCAUUUUGUUAUGUACAACCAAAUGAUGUUAAUUCAAUAUUGAAUGCAUACCAUACAUAUCCUACAUCAAUAAAUUUACCAUUACAAGCAACACAUAUAUCAUGUGAUAAGUUAUAUACCUCUAAUAAUCAUAUAAGUAGUAACAAUAAUCAUAAUCACAAUCAUAUAACUGCACAGAACCCAUUACUUUCAACGAUAAAUGCAAAUCAUAUUACAAUGAAUAAUAAUAAUUAUAAUGAUAAAAAUGAAUUAGGUAAAAGAUUAGAGAUGAUAGGAGUUGAAAAAUCUAAUUCUCUAUUAGAUGAAUCAUCUCAAGGAAUAAUUGAUAAAUCAACUAUAUUAUCAUCAUUGUCAUCUACAUCUACAUCAACAACCACAACAAUAAACACACAUGGUGAAAAUGAAAAUAUUCCACAGAAUACAUCAUUAUUGGUAUUACGACUAUUGAUGUCUGGAAAAGAAGUCGGCAGUAUCAUCGGCAAAAGAGGAGAAAAUGUUAGAAAAUACAGAGAAGAGAGUGGAGCCAGAAUCAAUAUAUCAGAUGGAUCUAGUCCAGAAAGAAUUGUCACUAUAACUGGAACAACAGAACAAAUUUAUAUUGCAUUUACAUUAAUGAGUCGUAAAUUUGAAGAUGAUUUUACACAGGGUUUAUUACGAAUGGGUGAUGAAACAGCCAACUGUCCUCCAGUGACCUUACGUUUAUUAGUUCCAGUAGCUCAAUGUGGUUCAAUAAUUGGUAAGGGAGGAUCUAAAAUUAAAGACGUUCGUGAGUUAACUGGUGCAUCAAUUCAAGUUGCUAGUGAAGCUUUACCAACAUCCACAGAAAGAACAGUUACAAUAUCAGGUACAGCGGAUGCAAUUUCCAAAUGUAUUCGACUAUUGUGUGAUAUAUUUUUAGAGUGUCCAAAUAAAGGUCCAGUCAUUCUUUAUCGACCAAAACCUGUCAUUGGUAAUCCAGGAUUAAUAUGUCCUGCCACUACAUUUUCAUCUGGUUUACUACAUUCAAACUUAUCUGGACUACCACUUUCAGUGUGCGAGAAUUCACAUGAAUCAGGAUAUACUACACCAAUGUUAACAUCAGCCUCGUUACUAUCCAACGAAGUGAACUCUGUUAGUCCAACUGCUUUAAAUAGAACUUAUGCGAAUCAGUUUGGGAUACCAUCUGGUAUUUUAUCUGGUGGAACUGGAGUCUCUGGUUCAUGUAGUGUUGGCUGUGGUGUCAAUAAUACAUCCAUUGUACCUAAUCUGCCUACAGCAAAUACUAUGCAACCUCCUCUAACAGUAAUUGGUUCUGGUCGACCAGUAAAUCAAAUGUCAGAUCUCAUUUCAGAUCAAGUUCAUUUGUUUGCUACAUUGAAUCAAUUAGAUUUAGCUAACUUUCAAUCAUAUUUUUCAUCAAUUUUGGCUCCAUUACCAAAUACAAAUCCACUUGCAACUGGGAUGCAUUCCAUGGGACAACCUUUGAAUAUGCCAGAAAUAGCUCUUACUCCUGGUAUACUUGGUUGUUACUCAACUCCAACAGCUGCUGCUUUACCAAUUGUUGGUUCACCUAAUAAUUAUAUGUUUUCUUCACCUGCAGCUCUUCUUAAAAUAUCAAAUAGACUGCCUGAAGAUCAAUUUACAACAUCAUCGUCCAACGGUCUUGGUGAUAUAGUUGUUAAUCAAUCUGAUAUGUGCAUAAAUAAUAAUAGUAACAAUGCAUCACCAAAUAGUUUAUCCAUCUCUAAUAGUUCAUUACCUAUUGACUCAAAUAAUAAUUAUACACCACUUUCAACUCCAAUAGAUCCUAUAAAAUCAAUUCGUGGUCUACAGAAUACAGCCUCUUUACUUGGUCUUCCAUCCCUAUCAAUCAAUACAAUUUUGAAUCCUCAACAACAAAAUUCAUUAUUUUCUUUAGCUAAUACAGAAGAGAGUAUUAUUGUCCGAGAAAUGAUUAUUUCUAAUGACGUGAUCGGUUGUAUUAUAGGACGUGGUGGUACAACAAUCAAUGAAAUUAGAAACGCAUCUAAGGCACAAAUCAAAAUAUCCAACUGUGAAGAUGGUGCAAAAGAAAGAAAGAUAACAGUUUCUGGAAAGUUGGAUUCAGUGAAUUUAGCUCAAUUCCUUAUAAACAGCAGGUUAGUGAUCUUUGUUAUACAUUAGUGCUAUGUCUAAUUUGUUGAUUAUCACAUCUCUCAUUUUUCAUUCCCUUUUUUUAUUCUUCACUAAAUAAUCUAAAUAUUCUUCAUUUAAAGUGAAAAUAGAAUAUUUGGACAUCAAAAUGUUCAAAUAACUUUACAUCAAGCGGUAUAUUACACCAUGAAAGAUGGCUUACCUUUAGAUUUGCAUUAAGCUUUCUAGCUAGAAGGCGGUUUCUUUUUGACGAAUAAGCCGAUCAUUUGGGAUUUCAUAUGUCAUAGUUAUUUGCUGGACUACUCAGUAAAAUAUACCCACUUUCCUAUCAUCAUAAAUUUCCAAAUAUUAUUAUUAUUAAUGGCUUUAUUCAGUACUAUAUUUUAGUACAACUUAGAAUCUUUAGCAAGAGAUAUUUCAACGAGUUUCUUUAACAAAGACAAGAAAAAGAAAAAAAGUGAAAAAAGAUUUUAAUCCGUGCAAUUUUUCAAUUAGAAACAUGUUUAAGAAUACAAGUUGUCGACUAGGUCAGCUCUAACAACUCGUUCGUCACAAAAUAUUUUUUAUAGAUUCGCUAUUGUAGAACUUUUAUACCUUUACUUGUGUGCAUGGAUUUUGAUGUAUUUACAUCUCGUUCUACCAGAAGAUAUACAAGCUGAAAAAUAUGAAUGAGGGAGAUGGUUAGUAUCUGAUAAGAUAGUAUCUGUCAGGAGUUUACAGAACCUUAGAUGUCUAUCCAUAACCGUAUUAUUAAUGACUUCAAAAGAUUCACCACACACUCCAAUAACUGCUUUCAGCACUCUCUGCAAUACAGUAAAAAAUUUUCUAAAAAGCACUGGAAAGAAUAAUGGAGUACAGUAAAGAACAAUAAGUAAUAUCCAAGAAUUGACAAAUCACUUGAGUAAAUGUCGAUAUAAAAUUAAGUUCUGAAAGUAGUAUAAACUCUUUUAUUUUAAAGAA